CAUUUUAUUGUACAAAGAAAUACCACAGAGUGUUGUACACCCACAAUUCUAUAAACUAGAAAUCGCUGGUAACUCAGAAUUAAAAUAAAUAUUCGGCGACAUCGCGCGGCGUAUUUACUUAGAUCGUGUACAAUUAAAACAUAAUUGUAUUGGAUCAUUCAAAUGGCAACUGUAGAUGGAAGACCGGCAAAAUAUGGCAUUUCUCUUAAACAGUUACGUGAGCUCAUGGAGCAUCGCGGGCGAGAGGGUGUAACUAAGAUUGAAGAGUUCGGUGGUAUCCACGAACUGUGCAAAAAGCUAUAUACAUCUCCUAAUGAAGGUUUAAGCGGAUCCAAAGCAGACGAAGAACAUAGACGUGACACAUUUGGUUCUAAUAUAAUACCACCAAAACCACCUAAAACUUUUCUUACUCUAGUCUGGGAGGCUCUUCAGGAUGUAACUCUAAUUAUUUUAGAGGUUGCGGCUCUAGUAUCACUUGGCCUAUCAUUUUAUAAGCCUGCCGAUGAAGAUGCACCUGUGCUUCAAGAGGAGGAGGAACACCAUGGAUGGAUUGAAGGACUGGCAAUUCUUAUUUCAGUUAUAGUCGUAGUGAUAGUGACAGCUUUCAAUGAUUACUCGAAGGAACGACAGUUCCGUGGAUUGCAAAGCCGUAUUGAAGGCGAACACAAAUUUUCAGUUAUUCGAGGCGGUGAAGUGUGCCAAAUUUCUGUGGGAGAUAUACUUGUCGGCGAUAUUGCUCAGAUUAAAUAUGGUGAUUUAUUGCCAGCCGAUGGAUGUCUCAUUCAAAGUAACGAUUUAAAAGUCGAUGAAUCUUCUUUAACUGGCGAAUCAGAUCAUGUAAAAAAGGGAACAGACGUGGAUCCAAUGGUUUUAUCUGGCACACAUGUUAUGGAGGGAAGCGGCAAAAUGGUGGUUACAGCAGUUGGUGUAAAUUCUCAAGCCGGUAUCAUCUUUACCCUUCUUGGUGCAGCAGUCGAUGAACAGGAAGCUGAAAUUAAAAAAAUGAAAAAGGAAGCUAAAAAGGCGACCAAGCAAAAGAGCUUGACAGGUGAAAGCUCCCAAAUAAAAAGUACCCAAGUACCACAACCAAUCGUUAGUGAAGGAACCAAGUCGGAAUCUGAUGGAAAUCAUGUACCGCAAUCGUCAUCUUCAGCUGUUACUGAAGCAGGACAUAAGAAAGAGAAAUCUGUGUUGCAAGCUAAAUUAACAAAAUUAGCUAUACAAAUAGGAUAUGCCGGGUCAACAAUUGCUGUACUUACUGUUAUUAUUUUGAUUAUUCAGUUCUGCGUUAAAACGUUUGUAAUUGAUGACAAACCUUGGAAGAACACAUAUGCAAACAAUUUGGUAAAGCAUUUGAUAAUUGGAGUUACAGUGUUAGUAGUAGCUGUACCCGAAGGACUUCCCCUGGCAGUCACACUUUCUCUUGCAUACUCUGUGAAGAAAAUGAUGAAAGAUAACAAUCUGGUGAGACAUUUGGAUGCAUGCGAAACUAUGGGUAAUGCUACAGCCAUUUGUUCUGACAAGACUGGUACACUUACAACUAACCGAAUGACUGUUGUACAAUCGUACAUCUGCGAAAAACUCUGUAAGGUUUUGCCCACCCUUACUGAUAUCCCACAACAUGUGGGUAAUUUAAUAACUAUGGGAAUAUCUGUAAAUUCAGCUUACACUUCAAACAUUAUGCCUGGACAAAACCCAGGAGACCUACCAAUCCAGGUUGGCAACAAAACGGAAUGUGCACUGUUGGGCUUUGUUCAAGGAUUAGGUGUUAAAUACCAGUCUAUUCGUGAUGAAAUUCCAGAGGAUAAGUUUACCCGCGUAUAUACUUUUAACUCUGUUCGUAAAAGUAUGGGCACUGUUAUACCACGUCCUAAUGGCGGGUUUCGGUUAUACACCAAAGGAGCUUCAGAGAUAAUCAUGAAAAAGUGUGCUUUUAUCUAUGGGCAUGAAGGAACAUUGGAGACUUUUACAAGAGAUAUGCAGGAACGAUUGAUUCGAGAAGUUAUUGAGCCAAUGGCAUGUGAUGGUCUUCGGACCAUAUCUGUAGCUUAUCGCGACUUUGUGCCUGGAAAAGCUGCAGUUAAUGAAGUACACAUUGAUGGAGAACCUAACUGGGAUGAUGAAGAAAACAUUAUGACGAAUCUUACUUGCCUUUGUGUAGUUGGGAUAGAAGAUCCAGUGCGUCCUGAAGUUCCCGAUGCAAUUCGAAAGUGCCAACGUGCUGGUAUAACUGUUCGCAUGGUCACUGGAGACAACAUUAACACAGCACGAUCUAUUGCUAGUAAAUGUGGUAUUCUUCGUCCUAAUGAUGACUUUCUUAUUUUGGAAGGCAAAGAAUUUAAUAGACGUAUACGGGAUAGCAACGGAGAUAUUCAACAACAUCUUAUCGACAAAGUGUGGCCCAAACUUCGUGUAUUAGCUCGUUCAUCUCCAACUGACAAAUAUACAUUAGUGAAAGGUAUUAUUGACAGCACUGUAAGCGAAAACCGUGAAGUAGUUGCUGUAACUGGCGAUGGAACUAAUGAUGGCCCAGCUCUUAAAAAAGCCGAUGUAGGCUUCGCUAUGGGAAUUGCGGGGACAGACGUAGCAAAAGAAGCGUCCGAUAUUAUACUAACCGAUGAUAACUUUAGCAGCAUUGUUAAAGCUGUAAUGUGGGGAAGGAAUGUUUAUGAUUCCAUAGCCAAGUUUUUGCAAUUUCAGUUAACUGUUAAUGUGGUUGCUGUAAUUGUUGCAUUUAUAGGAGCAUGUGCGGUCCAGGAUUCGCCUCUUAAAGCAGUGCAAAUGUUGUGGGUCAAUCUAAUAAUGGAUACAUUGGCAUCGCUAGCAUUGGCUACGGAGCUACCAACACCGGAUCUUUUGCUUCGAAAGCCAUAUGGUCGUACCAAGCCUUUGAUUUCACGCACAAUGAUGAAAAACAUUCUUGGGCAAGCACUUUACCAGUUGGUUAUAAUAUUUGGAUUGUUGUUUGUCGGUGAUUUAAUACUUGAUAUUGAGUCUGGACGUGGACAAGAGAUCAAUGCAGGACCAACACAGCAUUUUACUAUUAUAUUUAACACAUUUGUCAUGAUGACGUUGUUUAACGAAAUAAAUGCAAGAAAAAUACAUGGUCAAAGAAACGUUAUUGAAGGAUUGUUUACAAAUCCCAUAUUCUACACAAUAUGGAUAUUUACUAUGAUAUCACAGGUAUUGAUAAUUCAAUAUGGAAAAAUGGCGUUUUCUACAAAAGCCUUAACGCUAGAUCAAUGGCUUUGGUGUAUAUUUUUUGGAAUUGGCACACUUGUAUGGGGCCAACUGAUUACCUCUGUACCUACAAGAAAAUUACCCAAGAUACUAUCAUGGGGUCGCGGCCAUCCCGAAGAGUACACAGAUGCUAUGAAUUUAGGUGAGGAGCGUUUUGAUUCCAUUGAUUCCGAUAAGAAGCCUAGAGCUGGUCAAAUUCUGUGGAUUCGUGGUCUUACCCGUUUGCAAACCCAAUUGCGUGUGGUUCGUGCUUUUCGCUCGACAUUGGAAGACCUAAACGAACGACGUUCCAUUCACAGCUUGCAUAGCUUACGCAGUGCUAGAACGGAAUUGCAAAGUCGAUUAGCCGGUGGCCAUUCAUUGCACAAUUUUAACAUUUUGAGCUCCAAUCACAACAAGCAGCAUCAACACCAUCCGCAGGGUCGAACAAGCGGGUCCAAUUCUAUGUUGCCGCCGGACAUAUCUUAUAUUGACGAAGAUCCGCAACAACCGCGUACUGUGCACAAUGGAUUUAUAACCCCGGCAUUAUCGAUAUCCAGAAAUUUACCUGGUCCUACUUCUUCAUUGAAUCCAAGACUAUCUGGAGUAGCAAACUCUUUAAGACAAAAAAUGCGUAAUAGCAUUGAUGAGUCACAUCUAAAUGAACAGCAUGAGACUAGAAUUUAAUAGGUUUAAGCAGCUCUAAAUAAGACAAUAACAAAGCUAUUAUAGCUUAGCAGAUAGAGCUGCUUUAUUAAGGUGGGACAUCUGAGUAACAGGCGAAAAAAAUGCGGAUUUUCUGGAAUAUUUUUUGGCCAAAUGAAAAAGGCAAUCGA